CAGAGCGUUCGAGGCUGCAAGCUGGGCAGCAAACCCUUUCGCUGCACCUACUUCUGUGUCAUCAAAGAUGGCGAUUUGCUGAGUGCUCAUGGACACAUCUCAUGGUCAUGGAUACAUAUUCUCUUGCUUGAACGUGUGGUUAUAUUUGGGGUUUAAUGUCAUUUCUGUUUUUCUUUUGAAUAUUUUAAAACACAGCUGUAAUUGAAGCGCAAGGGGAAAACAGCGUCAGCUACCGCAACAAUGCAAAUCACGCUAAAAACACUGCAACAGCAGACCAUUCAAAUUGACAUAGACCCUGAUCAAACGGUAAGUGCUAAUUUGUUCAUAAUAAUGCCAGCUGUGUGCGUUUUAUCUAGCCCGGUUAGCUAACUAUCUUUUUUUGUUAUUUGCACGACAGACCCCAGAUUGGUCCCAGAGUGUUAUCAAUUCGGAUAAUACAACUAACAUAGGCUAACGCUAGCUAGCUGUUAUUGACAGCCCUAGCAUUAGCUAACUAGCUAGUUAUUAGUCUUAGCUUUCCAGCAUGACAUAGCUAAAGCAAGCUAACUUGCAAGCUAAUGUGUGUGUGUCAAUUUGCUAAUCCAAUGUUUAGUCUCAUUAUUAGCUAGCUAGGUAAGUUAUUCUCCGCUAAAACAUCAGCUAGCUACAUGACUAGUUAACGUUAGUUAUCCCAAAUGUUAAUGUCAGCUUUAGCUAACUAUCUAGCAUUACCUAGCUCGUUAGCUAACCAGCUAUAUAGCUAUCUAGCUACGUUAGCUAUUUUAGUUCAUGAGGAUGCAAGUCCAGUUGGAUGAUUAACUAGCAAGAUUCUAGCAGACAUUUACUAGCUAGGUCAUUGUGACAUUAGCUAGUUAGCUAGUUACAUCAUGUAAGGUAAACCUCAGUGGAAAAAGUUGGAAAAUUCAAAAACUCAAUGUUAGCCAGCAACUUUUGGAAGGGUUGUAUUGUGUUUUACAAUUAAAGCAAGGCUGAACAGCUAACUAGUUCCCACUCAAGUGUUUUGCCAACCCUGGUGAAAAGAAAAACCCCUUCUUUAUGGUUUCAACAGGUGAAGGCACUGAAGGAGAAGAUAGAAGCAGAGAGGGGAAAGGAUAACUUCCCAGUGUCUGGACAAAAGCUCAUAUAUGCUGGCAAAAUCCUGCAAGAUGACACACCUAUUAAAGACUACAAAAUUGACGAGAAGAAUUUCGUUGUAGUUAUGGUAUCGAAGGUAAAUUUCAUUAAUCCAUUUCACUUGGACUCUAAUAAGAUGCACUCAAAUUCUUUGGGGUUACAUGAUUGUCUGCAUAGAUGACAUGGUGUCCAAACAGUAAUAGCCUGUUUACAGUGGGGAAAAAAAGUAUUUAGUCAGCCACCAAUUGUGCAAGUUCUCCCACUUAAAAAGAUGAGAAAGGCCUGUAAUUUUCAUUAUAGGUACACGUCAACUAUGACAGACAAAAUGAGGAAAAAAAAUCCAGAAAAUCACAUUGUAGGAUUUUUAAUGAAUUUAUUGGCAUAUGAUGGUGGAAAAUAAGUAUUUGGCCAAUAACAAAAGUUUCUCAAUACUUUGUUAUAUAGCCUUUGUUGGCAAUGACACAGGUCAAACGUUUUCUGUAAGUCUUCACAAGGUUUUCACACACUGUUGCUGGUAUUUUGGCCCAUUCCUCCAUGCAGAUCUCCUCUAGAGCAGUGAUGUUUUGGGGCUGUCGCUGGGCAACACAGACUUUCAACUCCCUCCAAAGAUUUUCUAUGGGGUUGAGAUCUGGAGACUGGCUAGGCCACUCCAGGACCUUGAAAUGCUUCUUACGAAGCCACUCCUUCGUUGCCCGGGCGGUGUGUUUGGGAUCAUUGUCAUGCUGAAAGACCCAGCCACGUUUCAUCUUCAAUGCCCUUGCUGAUGGAAGGAGGGUUUCACUCAAAAUCUCACGAUACAUGGCCCCAUUCAUUCUUUCCUUUACACGGAUCAGUCGUCCUGGUCCCUUUGCAGAAAAACAGCCCCAAAGCAUGAUGUUUCCAACCCCAUGCUUCACAGUAGGUAUGGUGUUCUUUGGAUGCAACUCAGCAUUCUUUGUCCUCCAAACAUGACGAGUUGAGUUUUUACCAAAAAGUUAUAUUUUGGUUUCAUCUGACCAUAUGACAUUCUCCCAAUCCUCUUCUGGAUCAUCCAAAUGCACUUCAGACGGGCCUGGACAUGUACUGGCUUAAGCAGGGGGACACGUCUCGCACUGCAGGAUUUGAGUCCCUGGCGGCGUAGUGUGUUACUGAUGGUAGGCUUUGUUACUUUGGUCCCAGCUCUCUGCAGGUCAUUCACUAGGUCCCCCCGUGUGGUUCUGGGAUUUUUGCUCACCGUUCUUGUGAUCAUUUUGACCCCACGGGGUGAGAUCUUGCGUGGAGCCCCAGAUCGAGGGAGAUUAUCAGUGGUCUUGUAUGUCUUCCAUUUCCUAAUAAUUGCUCCCACAGUUGAUUUCUUCAAACCAAGCUGCUUAUCUAUUGCAGAUUCAGUCUUCCCAGCCUGGUGCAGGUCUACAAUUUUGUUUUUGGUGUCCUUUGACAGCUCUUUGGUCUUGGCCAUUGUGAAGUUUGGAGUGUGACUGUUUGAGGUUGUGGACAGGUGUCUUUUAUACUGAUAACAAGUUCAAACAGGUGCCAUUAAUACAGGUAACGAGUGGAGGACAGAGGAGCCUCUUAAAGAGGAAGUUACAGGUCUGUGAGAGCCAGAAAUCUUGCUUGUUUGUAGGUGACCAAAUACUUAUUUUCCACCAUAAUUUGCAAAUAAAUUCAUUAAAAAUCCUACAAUGGGAUUUUUUUUCCUCAAUUUGUCUGUCAUAGUUGACGUGUACCUAUGAUGAAAAUUACAGGCCUCUCUCAUCUUUUUAAGUGGGAGAACUUGCACAAUUGGUGGCUGACUAAAUACUUUUUUUCCCCACUGUAUAUCUCUUCUGGAUCUAGGCAAAGUCUGCCACAGCCACUUCAACACCUUCCUCAGAGGCACCCAAGGCCCCUGUCCAGGACUCUGGGUCCUCGUCGUCUGCGGGCCCGGCCCCUGCAGCCAUCCCCAUCCCCCCAGAGGAGACUACACCUACAGUCACAGAGCCCCCGGCUCCAGCUAGGUAGGCACAGAAGACAGCCGUAGAACUGAUAUUAACCUGUGAUUUGGUAGACAGUCUGCCAAAUUGGUCCUCUGUAGCUCAGCUGGUAGAGCACGGCGCUUGUAACGCCAAGGUAGUGGAUUCGAUCCCCGGGACCACCCAUACACAAACAUUUAUGCACGCACGACUGUAAGUCGCUUUGGAUAAAAGCGUCUGCUAAAUGGCAUAUUAUUUAUAUUUAUUUUAAAUUGGAGAGAGUAAUAAAGUAAGCUUGAGGCCUGUUCAGGAGGGUAGAGCGUUACAGAACUCUAACAUAGACACAUUUUGUGUAGGACAAAUAUGAUCUGAACAUCAUGCAACAUUCAUUACAUUUCUAUCUGCAACAUUUCUUAGUUUUUUCAUCUUACGGAAUACACCCCCUGUAGUCCUCUGUAGCUCAGUUGGUAGAGCAUGGUGUUUGCAACGCCAGGAUAGUGGGUUCAAUUCUCGGGACUACCCAUACGUAAAAUGUAUGCACCCAUGACUAAGUCGCAUUGGAUAAAAGCGUCUGCUAAAUGGCAUAUUAUUUGCGGCUACAAAAUACUCCCUUUAUAAAAACCACUGAAUGUUUUGAAUGAGUUUACUGGAUGUUUGACCCUGUCGUUCUGUUUGCAGCUCAGACCCCAGUGUGGAGGUCCAGGGGGGAGAUGCCUCCUCUGCCUUGGGUGAGUGAUAUACUUCGGCCUGGCUAUGUGAAUAAUGUGUCAGUGUGGAAUGUAUCUGCUGUGUUGCUAGAUUGAUGAUAGCAUGUAGUAUGGGCAUGGGGAUUUGUAAGAUGUCUUCUAGCAGCUAUGUCUUUAUGGGUGUAAAUAUACUCCAUUGUAACUUGGGUAGAUAGUUAACAACUUGUUUCUUUUGGUCAGUGACCGGAGCGGAGUAUGAGACCAUGCUGACAGAGAUCAUGUCUAUGGGUUAUGAGAGGGAGCGCGUGGUAGCUGCUCUCCGGGCCAGCUUCAACAACCCACAUCGGGCCGUGGAGUACCUCCUCACUGUGAGGACCGUCAACACACCACACCACUACUUAGGAUACACGAUACUGUGCAACCAGGCACCAUGACUCAGCAAAAUGACACUGACCAUUAGCCCCCAAAAAUACCAUGAAUGCACAAUUACACUGUACAGCAUGGCACCAUAUUUGAUGAAACUGCAACAUGGCAGCAUGUACAAUGACUCAGCAAAAUUACACCAGCACUGUGCGACAUCAGCUUUCAGCAUACAGUUUAACACUGGUGUACUAAAUUUUUACCAAAAACACUAUUACAGCACAGUGACGCUAUAAAAUAGUUUUCUAUGUACCCUCCGCUUAGAACCAGCCUGUCCGUUAGUGCUGUGUGGGUGAGUAUGUGCUGCUGUGUGUUUCCAGAGCAUUCCUAGCAGUCCGGUCCAAGAGACUAAUCCCCCAGCACAGCUUCCUGCAUCUGCCCGCCCAGUCACAGAGACCCCUACUGUAGCUGAGGGUGAGUCCAUCUGCCUAUAUCUCUGCUAUAGUAUUACAUGUACUGUACAGUGCAUUUGUAAAAAAAAAAAAAAAAAAAAAUAGUAAGAUCCCUUGACUUUUUCCGCAUUUUGUUACGUUACAGCCUUAUUCUAAAAUUGAUAAAAAUUGUUCCCCCCCCCCCCCCCCCAAUCAAUCAAUCAACACACAAUACCCCAUAAUGACAAAGCAAAAACAGGGUUUUAAUAAUAAAAUAACUAAAUAAACAAUAUCACAUUUACAUAAGUAUUCUGACCCUUUACUCAGUACUUUGUUGAAGCACCUUUGGCAGACAUGAUGCUUGGCAUUCAGGCCAUAGAGUUUAAUCUUGGUUUCAUCAGACCAGAGAAUCUUGUUUCUCAUGGUCUGAGAGUUCUUUAGGUGCCUUUUGGCAAACUACAAGCGGGCUGUCAUGUGCCUUUUACUGAGGUGUGGCUUCCGUCUGGCCACUCUACCAUUCAUGCCUGAUUGGUGGAGUGCUGCAGAGAUGGUUGUCCUUCUGGAAGGUUCUCCCAUCUCCACAGAGGAACUCUGGAGCUCUGUCAGUGACCAUCGGGUUCUUGGUCACCUCCCUGACCAAGGCCCUUCUCCCCCGAUUGCUCAGUUUGACCGGGCGGCCAGCUCUAGGAAGAGUCUUGGUGGUUCCAAACUUCUUCCAUUUAAGAAUGAUGGAGGCCACUGUGUUCUUGGGGACCUUCAAUGCUGCAGAAAUGUUUUGGUACCCUUCCUCAGAUCUGUGCCUCGACACAAUCCUGUCUCGGAGCUCUACGGACAAUUCCUUCGACCUCAUGGUUUGGUUUUUGCUCUGCCAUGCACUGUCAACUGUGGGACCUUAUAUAGACAGGUGUGUGCCUUUCCAAAUCAUAUCCAAUCAAUUGAAUUUACCACAGGUGGACUCCAAUCAAGUUGUAGAAACAUCCCAAGGAUGAUCAAUGGAAACAGGAUGCACCUGAGCUCAAUUUCGAGUCUCAUUGCAAAGGAUCUGAAUACUUAUGUACAAAAAAUAUAUAUUUCUGUUUUUAAUUUUUUUAUACAUUUGGACAAAAAAAUCUAAACCUGUUUUCGCUCUGUCAUUAUGGGGUAUUGUGUGUAGAUUGAUGAGGAAUAACAUUUUAUUGAAUCCAUUUUGAAAUAAGGCUGUAACAUGACAAAAUGUGGAAAAAGUCAAGGAGUCUGAAUACUUUCCGAAUGCACUGUAUAUCAAUGAGAUUGUUUGAAAGAUGGGAAUGGUUUCUGUGCAUUUCCCCUAGUAAGUGUUGUAUCUAUAUCUACUGUAUGUAUCAACGUGUUCUCUUCUGUAAAUAUUCUGUGUGUGUUGCAGGAGAGAACCCUCUGGAGUUCCUGCGUUCCCAGCCUCAGUUCCAGAGCAUGAGGCAGGUGAUCCAGCAGAACCCCUCGCUGCUGCCAGCUCUGCUCCAACAGCUGGGCCGGGAGAACCCACAGCUCCUACAGGUAACACACACUGAUGGCACCACCACUCAUACUUGCUUGGGUAACACACUCCCUAUAGUCACACCUCCCAGGUUUUGUGAUUUCACAAUGUAUGUUCUGCCUGUUGCUGAUCCCUAUUGAUAAAACUCAACAACAGCAAAUCAGCCAGUACCAGGAGCUGUUCAUCCAGAUGCUGAAUGAGCCGGCGGGGAGAGGUAGGAGACGUGCCUGAGGUGGGGGACCUGGGUGCUGCAGUGGAGGAGGGAGUCAACUACAUCCAGGUCACUCCUCAGGAGAAGGAAGCCAUCGAGAGGGUGAGGGGAGCUAAAGAUCUCUCAAUGCACUGUUUAGGGCAAAAGAUGGCUUCAACUGACAAGAAGACUAACUGAGAAAUGCAUACGUUGUGACCUUUUCUAGUGAGAAAUUGUAAUGUUAUGAUUUUUUCUCUCCUGUCUCAGUUAAAAGCGUUGGGUUUCCCUGAGGCGCUGGUGAUCCAGGCCUACUUUGCCUGUGAAAAGAAUGAGAACCUAGCGGCCAACUUCCUCCUGAACCAGGGCUUUGAGGAUGAAUGAGAGGCGCUGGCCUGCCCUCCUCUCCAGCCCAGCACAAGGACUGCACCCCACUGUAGAGCAAUGAUCUUUGGGUCAUUUCAGAGGAGGGAGGGAGG